UUUAGUUUCUACACCCAUUUCUAAACCUCUGUAAAAUACUACUCUCUCAUGGCGGACCCGAACUCUUCCACUUCCGACUCGAAAAACAAUAAAAAAGAUUUUGCUACUGCAAUUUUGGAGAGGAAGAAAUCUCCUAACCGCCUUAUUGUUGAUGAGGCCAUAAGUGAUGAUAAUUCCGUGGUAUCUAUGCACCCUGCUAAAAUGGAAGAGCUCCAGUUCUUUAGAGGAGAUACUGUAUUGCUAAAGGGUAAAAAACGGAAGGACACUGUUUGUGUAGUCCUUGCGGAUGAGCAAUGUGAAGAACAUAAGAUCAGAUUGAACAAAGUUGUUCGAGCUAAUCUUAGGAUUCGUCUUGGAGAUGUUGUAUCUGUACACCAGUGUCCUGAUGUUAAGUAUGCGAAGCGUGUUCAUAUUCUUCCAAUUGAUGAUACAAUUGAGGGGAUCACUGGCAACCUGUUUGAUGCCUACUUGAAGCCAUACUUCUUGGAGUCUUACCGCCCUGUGAGGAAGGGCGAUCUCUUUGUAGUCAGAGGUGGCAUGCGAAGUGUUGAAUUUAAAGUGGUUGAGACAGAGCCGGGAGAAUAUUGUGUUGUUGCACCUGAUACAGAGAUCUUUUGUGAGGGAGAACCAAUCAAGCGUGAAGACGAGGAGAGACUAAAUGAAGUUGGAUAUGAUGAUGUUGGGGGUAUGAGGAAGCAAAUGGCUCAGAUUCGUGAGCUGGUUGAACUCCCUCUGAGGCAUCCACAGUUGUUCAAGUCAAUUGGUGUGAAGCCACCGAAAGGUAUUCUCCUGUAUGGUCCUCCAGGAUCGGGGAAAACCCUGAUUGGAAGAGCUGUGGCAAAUGAGACUGGUGCCUUUUUCUUUUUGAUUAAUGGGCCUGAAAUUAUGUCCAAAUUGGCUGGUGAGAGUGAGGGUAACUUGAGGAAGGCAUUUGAGGAAGCCGAAAAGAAUGCGCCAUCUAUUAUAUUUAUUGAUGAGUUAGACUCGAUUGCUCCAAAGAGAGAAAAGACACAUGGUGAAGUUGAGCGGCGAAUAGUUUCCCAACUUCUGACAUUAAUGGAUGGGCUCAAGUCUCGAUCACAUGUGAUUGUCAUGGGGGCUACCAACAGACCAAACAGUAUUGAUCCUGCUCUCAGGAGAUUUGGAAGAUUUGAUCGGGAGAUUGACAUUGGCGUACCAGAUGAAAUAGGGCGGCUGGAGAUCCUACGGAUUCAUACUAAAAACAUGAAGCUUGAUGAUAAUGUUGAUCUAGAGAGGGUUGCAAGAGAUACACAUGGUUAUGUCGGAGCUGAUCUUGCUGCCUUGUGCACUGAGGCUGCGCUGCAGUGUAUCAGGGAGAAAAUGGAUGUUAUUGACUUGGAGGAUGAGACCAUCGAUGCUGAAGUGUUGAAUUCAAUGGCUGUGACUAAUGAGCAUUUUCAAACUGCUCUGGGUGCUUCAAAUCCAUCAGCACUACGAGAAACGGUAGUGGAGGUUCCCAAUACCUCUUGGGAGGAUAUUGGGGGGCUGGAAAAUGUCAAGCGGGAACUUCAAGAGACUGUUCAGUAUCCGGUUGAGCAUCCUGAGAAGUUUGAGAAGUUUGGAAUGUCACCCUCUAAAGGGGUACUUUUCUAUGGACCACCUGGUUGUGGCAAAACUUUACUGGCCAAAGCUAUUGCAAAUGAGUGUCAGGCUAACUUUAUAAGUGUGAAAGGACCGGAGUUGCUCACGAUGUGGUUUGGAGAAAGUGAAGCAAAUGUUCGGGAAAUAUUUGACAAGGCACGGCAAUCUGCUCCAUGUGUACUGUUCUUUGAUGAACUCGAUUCCAUUGCUACACAGAGAGGAAAUUCAGUGGGAGAUGCUGGUGGUGCUGCUGAUAGAGUACUCAAUCAAUUGUUAACGGAGAUGGAUGGAAUGACAGCAAAGAAAACAGUUUUCAUUAUUGGGGCAACAAAUAGGCCAGACAUUAUUGACCCUGCAUUGCUCAGACCAGGUCGUCUAGACCAACUAAUUUACAUCCCCCUCCCAGAUGAAGCUUCCCGUCUUCAAAUCUUCAAAGCAUGUUUGCGUAAGUCCCCCGUCGCAAAGGACGUAGAUCUGUCAGCUCUAUCACGUUAUACACGUGCUUUUAGUGGUGCAGACAUAACUGAGAUUUGUCAGCGAGCAUGCAAAUACGCCAUUAGGGAAAACAUUGAAAAGGAUAUUGAGCGAGAGAGGAAGAGGAGCGUGAACCCUGAAGCCAUGGAUGAAGAUGACACUGAUGAAGUGGCUGAAAUAAAGGCUGCACACUUUGAGGAGUCCAUGAAAUAUGCUCGAAGAAGUGUGAGUGAUGCUGACAUUAGGAAGUACCAGCUUUUUGCUCAAACAUUACAACAAUCACGGGGACUUGGAACUGAGUUCAAAUUUGCAGAGCAUGCAGCUAAUGCUACACCAACCGGGGCAACAGCCGAUCCAUUCGCUUCUGUUAAUGCUGCUGGAGACGAGGACGACUUGUACAGUUAAUAAGUUAACCUUGAGCACAAGGAUGCUAG